AUGCAGUACUGUUUCUUCAGGGAAAUUGAGACAUCUCCCAUCCUCUCAUGGCAUUACCCAUCGCCUCUUCACUUUUCUCUUCCGCACUCCGCCUUGAGAACCCACCGUCAAAACUCACUCUUUUCCAUUACCUCAACUACCAAGAACACACCUUUCUCACUCUCAACACUCCCUAGAAAAUUGCUUUGUCAACCGCCUCAUGGCAAGUAUGUCAGAGAAGACGAUCUUGCGAAGAAAUUGUCUGCCGACGAAGUUCAGGAGCUGGUAAAGGGAGAAAGAAAUGUACCUCUUAUUAUUGAUUUCUAUGCAACAUGGUGUGGGCCCUGUAUUUUAAUGGCUCAAGUACUCGAAAUGCUUGCUGUGGAGUAUGAGAACGAUGCAUUGAUUGUUAAGGUUGAUACAGAUGAUGUGUUUGAAUUUGCACGUGACAUGCAGGUACGAGGGCUGCCAACACUGUUUUUUAUCUGUCCAGAUUCAAAUAAAGAUGCAAUCCGGACUGAAGGGCUUAUUCCAAUACAGAUGAUGCGGGAUAUAAUAGAUAAUGAGAUGUGAAGGAUCUAGCAAAACAUUAUUUUGCCGCUAGACAGAUUUCGAGAGCCCUGGCUUUUAGGGGUGGUAAUGGUAUAUAUAUUCCUUUACUCGCCUAAAUUCGAGUUUUGCAAUUUAUGUGGCUGAGAUGCUGCCUUUGAUAGAUGCAGGAAUCUGUGUGCAUUCUACUCAAAUUUCAAUAAUCUGUGUUUAGAAGUCAAUACGUGGAAGGUGGUUUUGUGGGUGAGUAAAUAUUUUUAUCUGGUUUUGGGUAAUGCAUGUAUAUAUGUUCCCAAUAUGACAGAAUCAGAGUAACAACUAAUGCUACAUACAGUCGUGGAGUAUGCAAA